AAGAAAACUCCACUUUGGAUUGUAGAAAACUCCAUGAUGCUAUUUGUUCGUGCCUGUCCGACAUCAGUGAGGGCUGAAACGACACCACAUUUGUACUGACGGACUGGGUCGGGAUAUGAAGCAUGGCUGAAGAGGGCGAAAAGAAACGAGUCCUGGAAAUGGUCCAGGCUGAUGGUGCUGAUGAAGGCUGUGUGACGUUUGUGCUGCAUGAUGAAGAUCAUACACUGGGCAACUCUGUCAGAUAUAUGAUCAUGAAAAAUCCGGAUGUGGACUUUUGUGGCUACACCAUCACCCACCCAUCUGAGACCAAGAUCAACUUUCGUAUUCAGACCCGAGGGGGAGUUGCAGCCAUUGAGCCUCUGCGCAGAGGUUUGACUGAACUCACUGAUGUUUGUCAACAUGUUCUCAACACAUUUCAGGCGAGAGUUAAUGAGUUCAAAGAGAGGCAGGAGCAACCCGUGGAAUGAAGAGCAUCACAUGUGGAGCCAUCAGACAGAAGCUCAUUCAAACUGUAAAAAUGUAUUUUUUUGAUUUCAUCCCUAGUUUUGUGUUUUUGACUAUCAUGAGAAAGGUGUGUUGCGUUAUAUACACGUUUGAUCAGGUUGCAUUCAAACAAUUGUACAGUUUCUUUUUGUAUAAUGUUCAAAUUGGUUAUUGAUCUAAUAAAUAAUGUUAAUCUUU